AUGUAUUCACACACCAUUGGAUGUGCCUUCUUUGCCGCUUGCUGCCUGUCGGGCCUAGCGACGGCGUCGAGUCCUGAUGAUCAUGCCGACAACAACCCCAGGUACUCGUUUGACGACCUCUGGUCUAUGGAGAGAAGUUUCUGGGACACCUUUCUUUACCCGGCGAAUAUAGCACAGAUCAACGCCACAGAUGACUCUGUCUUUGCUGAAAAUGUCCAAGGUCGAGUGGAUAUCACACGCACCUUUGACGGCCGCGAGCUCAAUAACGAAUAUAUUUUUGGACUUUUCUCGGAGCCAGAACACCUUAGUCUCGUGGGCGUCCCCAUCGCAUACAGCAUCACCCAGUUCACAGCCAACAGCAACAUAGCCUCGGCCACGACAGUCGUCACCUUCAAUGCCACCUCCUUCGGAAUCGUCAUUCCCGUAACCAUUGACUCCUGGAUUGAAUGGGACGCGAAGAAGAAGAUCGUGCAGUACGACGCCACAUUCCGGUGGUUCGGGUUCCUCCUCGAUGCUCUGUUCAAAGCGCAAGCGGCGAGGAUGAAUACCACCGACCCGGCCGUAGUGCAGGCAGCGCUUACGCAGGAACUAGCAAGCACAAUCUGCCAGACACAUGAGGACUACUGCAAGGGGGCGAACCAGCAAUAUGACAGUAAAGCCGCCUGCAUGGAUUUCCUGACUACCAAGACGCGGUUCGGACAGGAUUUCGAGCUGGGCCGGAAUACCUUGCUCUGUCGCGAGGUGCAUGAGCAUAUGGUCAAGUACCGGCCAGAUAUACACUGUGCACAUAUCGGGCCUACGGGGGGCAACUACUGCGUGGACGAUAAAUCGUAUGAGCAGGUGGUGCUGGAGAAGUAUUUCCGGGACUCGUUUAUUCCAUAUGGGUAUGGGGAGGAGCAGAAUAUCUGGGUUGCCUAG